AUGCCCAGAAUUGCCGAGAAAGUGCCCAGCCCUCUAAAAUGCUUGUAUCGUCGUCCGCAAAAGCUUGGGCUGUCGCAUUGGGCUAUAGGGCCGAUGAUCGCUUUCCUCUGCACCCUUGCUGGAGGAUGCAGCUCUCCAGAGAAGCAUUACCCUCGAGACGACUUUGCACCUUUAUGUCCUUCGGCCAAGUUUCCGGUCGAUAGGUGA